AUGGAGGAAAGCUCCUUGCCUCGGGACUCAAAGAAGGGAAAAGCUAUAGUCCUCAGGGAGGAGCCCCGAGGGAAACCCGAUGAGCAAGUGUCCUCUCUAAGGGCACUAGAGGAGAAGCUACCGAAGGGGUACAAGCCCCCGACCAUUGGAGAGUACGAUGUCAGUAAGGAUCUGGAGGAUCAUCUCCGUAAGUUCCGGAACGCUAUUUUGUUGCAUCAAUACAGUGACGCUAUUAAGUGCCGAGUGUUCUUGAAUACUCUAUCUGGCUCGGCACAGAAAUGGUUUGAUGGAUUGCCGAUCGGGUCCAUCAUCUGUUUUCAUGAUUUUAAGAUUGUCUUCCUAUGCCACUUCACCAACAGCAGGAAGUACCAAAAGAUAGACCACUGUCUCUUCGUCCUCAAGGAAGGGUCAGCCGAGCCCUUGAGGAGCUAUAUCAAACGCUUCAACCAGGUGGCCCAGGACAUCCCAUCCACUACCUUUGAAAUACUAAUAAGUGUCUUCUCUCAUGGACUUGUUGAGGGGGAGUUCUUUCGAGAUCUCAUUCAAGACCCUAUGAAGAACUUCGAUGAGAUGCUCGGGAAGGCCGCUAGCUAUAUCAACGUAGAAGAGGCUCAGGUGGCUCGACAGAAGGCGGACAAGGCGCCUACUCCCGCCAACAAACUAGAGAAGAGGCCACCUCAACCACCAGCUCAGCCUCUUCCACACGCCCGGGAUGCCCGACUACCCUUCCCUCCUGGUCAGGAUCCUAGGCCGGCCCAAUGUGUGGCAGCUGUCCAAGCCCCAAGGCCUAGACCAUGGGGGCUGUGUUGCUACACUUACCAUAGGUCUCACACCCAUGCCAGAAGUGAUUGCUUCCAAUUCGCCCGAGACUCUCAGCGCACAGCUGAGCUGGGCCUGCCUCCACCUGAGAUCGUGCCCAAGAUUAAGCAGAGGAUAUUGGCUGGCCAACAUCCCAUGGCAGGUCAGUCUGGUAGACCCUUACCGAUAAUGCAGGACAAGGAAAUCAGUAGCCCGGUCGUAACCAGGAGCCUGGGAAAGCCCGGGAAGAGGAGAACAAGGGAAACACGACCAUCCGUGAGAUUGGUAUGA